AUGAAGUUAGAGCCUGAAAAACAGCCGGGUGAGCCAUUUAGGUCGAUACAGGACCGAACCAUCCUCUUCUUGGACACCAUAGCCGUCUUCGUCUCCUGUGCAGAGCUCUGGAUACUUCCUCGGGUGCUAGGUGAUGCACUGCCAUUCUCGAGAAUGGUUUGGCUGGUUCGCUUUCUCCGAGUUCUCAGUAUGAUACCUUCCUUGCGAGAAUUGACCUUGGGCAUCAUGGACGCUCUUCAUGGUCUGUUUUGGGUCCUCAUCUUUCUAUUUAUUUUUGUCUAUGCUUUGGCCGUAGUACUAACCCGCAUGGUGGGCCACCAUCGGCAGUCUGACGAUGAAGAUGUGCAGGAGGUCAUCGACAUGUUCUCCAACGUUGGCAACAGUAUGUUCUACCUUUUCCAGCUCACAAGUCAGUGGAGCCUCGUGCCGCUGUUCCCUCUAUUGAAGGCAUCACCACUGAUGUGUGUUUGCUUUACUCUCUUCUACAUCUACAGCGGAUGGGUCAUUGUGGCUGUGAUGACUGGCACUGUGAGCUUUACGAUGAUCUCCUUCAAAGAGCGAAUGGUGCAGGAUGACGAAUCAAGAGAAGAGGAGAAGAGGGAAUUUGUAACCACAGUGCUAGCUGAUAUUUUCGAGCAGCUGGAUUCAAAUGGAGACGGAGAAUUGGACUACGAAGAGUUUCAGGCCCUUCUCAAAUCCAAGGAGGUCUUAAUCCUUCUGUCUGAGAACACCGACAUCAACAUCCAAGAUUUGGAAGAUAUGUGGCAAUGGCUUGACACAGACAAGAGCGGGUCGCUGACCAUUGCAGAGUUUUUUGAAGGCUUCGAGAUGCUCAACGAGCCCUUCCAGCAAAAGACUUUGCUGCACGUGCAGGAACGGGUCUCGGGAGAGAUCCACAACAAAAUUCAUUCCUUAGAGAACCUGGUGACCGAAAGCUUGGAUGAUUGCUGUCACCAGAUCUACACGCCUAUGUUUAAGAUCCACGCGGUUUUGGAGCAGGUACAGAUCCAAUUGCUGACAACAAUGAAGAUCAAAGACCAGGUCGGCCAGGUCCCGGUGCUGGAGGAGACAGAGGUGGGUGAUCAACGCUUUACGUUGACCUCACUUGAAUCCCACAUUGACGUCCAAAUCCAAGAGGCCUUGGAACGAAUCCAGCAAUUUGAGGUGAUCCGAAAGCCACAAGGGAUGUGA